AUCACUUGACUGAUGUGCUGUCGAAGACUUGCUUCGUAGCUGGAGAUAAAAGAAUUUAUGAUGAAUAUCAAGAAAAGGCACAUCUUCGGAUAAAAAAAAAUGACCAAAAGACCAAUUUUUCAUCUUUAAUGGACCAAAUUAAAGAAGAUUUACAGAACUUGAAUGUAUCACACCAGCAACUGAAUUCAUCGUUAGGUUUACAAGCCUAUAACAUGAAGAGAGUGAUCUAUCGAAGCGCGACCGUCAUUAUUUCAGCUUUCGGGCGACUAAAUUCAUUAACCGAAUCUUCUUGCUUUGAUGUCAUCAACAAAUUGGAAAAAAAUGGGAAUUCCGAUACAAAGGUUGCUCAUCAGCUUCGGUUCAUGGUGGCAGUGGCUUGUGAAGUUCGUGCAAAAGUUUAUCAUGCAAAGGGACAACAAGUUGAUGUUUUUGCCGGAGAAAGUGCUGGUAUCAACCUUACUUCUAGCUUGAGCGGGAUUGUUGGAAAACACAGCCUUGUUUCUUUUAUGGAGGCAGUACUUGCUCUUCAAGAAAUACUCAAGUUUUUGUUUUUGGGAAAAGAGCUAGAUAUGCCAAGAAAUGUAAGGCAAAUGUUAAGAAAGCUGGAUGCUUUGUUUUGCCUCGACUUACGACAAGAUUUGAUAUGUCAAAUCAAAAAGAUGAUGACUACAAUACCGUGGGAUGAUAGUUCAGUUCCUGUUUGUAUGAUUGUCAUUAGCUACGCAUUUAUUUGUGAAGAUUAUGACCUGGUUUUGGAUUUAUGUGCAAAGACAUAUCGUCUCAACUUAACGGAAGAUGAGAAAGUUCUAGUUAAAGUACAUGAACUCAAGUGCAUUGUAGCUCGCUCUUAUAUUGAAGAGACAAAGUCUUAUGAUUGCACGAACUGUGAAGUUGAUCCAUUGAUACACGAGUUAGAUGGGUUAAUAGAAGCUUUUGAACAAACAAUAAAAACCCAGAAUUGCUCAGGUGAAACGCAGCAGCCAGAUUUGCUUAUACCAAUACUUCGAGUCCACGGUUGUUUAGAGCAGUACGCUAGAAACUUGGUUAAACUUCGUCGACACCAACAUGCAUCAAAAGUAUAUGCAAACAGCGACAGGUAUCAGGCUAUCAGUGACGAAAUCGGAAUAUCGAGGUCCGACCUAACUACUCUAAACCCCAUAGUUUUGUGCAACUCAGCUGACACACUGUUCAGAGAGGGAAAAUAUAAAGAAGCGUUUCUACAACUGCAUGAAGCCAAACGCUUGUUGCACCCUUGCAAGACAAAGACAGUAAAGCACGUGCAGCUUUAUGAUACUUACGCAAGUUGCUUUUACCAUGUUGGCCAAUAUUACGAGUCGUUCAUAUGCUUUUUUGAGAGCAUGAGAAUUGCCAACAAACUUAAUAUUCCAACACCUAUCAUGAAGCAAGACAUGAAGAAAGUUAUUCAAUUAAUAAUUCCCAAGACUUAACGGUGCCGGAAUUGAUUGUUGGUAUAAUUAUAUUUAAUUAAAGUACUUUACAUUUCAAUAUUUUUGGCAUAUUUUAGGCAUUAAAGAGUUAAAAUUUUGCGGGAACCGUUUGUUUUGAGUUAAUAUAUAUUUCUGUUUUUGACUGAUAGUUAUGUUAUUAAAAAACUGUUAAAUAUUUAUAGUUUUAAGUCUAGUAGUACCGGACACCUGUAGCACAUAACACGUCAGUUUUAGGUAAAGUUCAAGCUUUUGUUUAUUUAUUUUGGUGAUAUAAGGACAUCUACAAACAAACAUUUUACGUUGUAUUUUGUUGUUGUACGUAAUUCAGCGUUUUAAAAUUUUGACAUGGUGUCUCAGCAACCUAUACCAUUGAUAUUACAUUUACGGCUAGAAAUGACGUCCGAGUGAACCAUAAAAUUUCGAGACGUUACCUUUUCUGACGACACCUUAUUAUCUCUGUCAACGAAGUGUGAAAGCAACGGCCGCAACUGCGCACAACACAGACCCUUUGUUGUGAUCGUAUGCCUGAAGCUCGCACUAGUUUCAAAAAAAGUACAAUUAAAGUAAGAAACAGAAGCUUUUCAAAGGCAUAUCUGUUUUUCAGUUUUACAACAGAAGUUAAACAUUUCUUUCGUGAUAGUUUGAUCGUAUUCGUAUAUAUCUCAAAGACGUAGAUCUAUAACGGUCGUACAGCAAAACCAGUAAUAACCUGGGAAAAUAUGUUGAAUGAUACUACCACACCACAAUCACUGGUAAACGCAACAAUACUAUCGACAACUGUAGAAUAUUCAACUGCUGUAACGCAAAAGCCAUUCAAUAACACGGGCGUGUACGUUGUGGUUAUUUUCCUUGCAAUCAUAGCUGCUUUUAUCUUCGCUUGGUACGCCACGUUGGUUUGCAACCGAGCUAGAAGUGGAAUACGAACCUACAGAUUAAGGAGAGGAUACAACAAACGAAUUUCUGAAGCAGAUGCAGAAGAUUUUGAAAACCCAAUAUAUUUUCGAUCACCGACCUACAGCAGUGCAGCGAUUUGACAUAUAGCUUGUCCAUGUGGGUGCACUUCCACAGGCUCGUGUUGUAUCUUUGCUUCCGUGGCAGUACAAGCAUGAACUGCGGCGUAGAUAUCACCAAACGGUCUCAAUAAACAUUUAUGACUUUUGGCACUCUUCAGCUAAUGCCUAUAUACAACAGGGUGGGAAAGAUGGGACAUAGUUAGCACUUAAUAUUUAAAUAUCCUUCGUGUUUUAAAGAAUUAACAACGGUCUAUGGGAGUCCUAAGGAUAUACGGAUCUAUCUUCGAAUCUCCUUUGUUUACUACCAACUGCGACAAGAAAAUUUACUACCAACUGCGACAAGAAAAAAAAGAAUGAAAACGUGUUCUAUCUUUCCCCACCCGACUAAACCUUACACAUUUGUAAUUUAAAAGAAGGGUCAUUUCAAUGUAGUUUAGUAUUACUCUAAAGAAAUACCAUUUAAGAUACAGAGAAACAUCAGACGUUACGACAAUUGAUAUAUGCACUUUAAUACAGGUCGUAAUAUCGAGUAUUUAAUUCAACAUCACACUUGAUUCGAUUACCACACGCUUAACGGAUUGUCUGAAGAGUAACCAUUGUUUAUUAUUUUUAAUAAAAAUGUAUUUAAACUAAAAUAUAGCUCUGGACUUUACCAAAUCCAUGUUCAAGACAGAUAAUAUAUAAUGAAUAAAACAUGUUGCCAUGA